AUGUUUCUCAACACUGUGACGUUUCUGCCAACAGCAAGUGUAGCUGAGAUAGGAUUAGAAGCAGAAAUGGCAGCGCAGCAGCUGUGUGAUGGGGAGCUGAGCUGGAAACAUUCACUUGCCAGGAGAGCUGGGUCAGAUUUGUUGUGGAAAGCAUUUCCCAUCUAUUCCUUUCUCUUCUCUCCUACUCAUUUGUCCUUGGACUUGCCAUCAGAGAACAUAGUAGGGAAAAUGUUGAUGCUUCCCAUCCCACCCCCUACCCCAACUGGGGUCUCUGAUGGCCUUCUCGCAGAUAAGAGUGUGAUCCAUAAAACAGGAAUAGAAACAGUCUCACAGGGCAAUGUCACUUUUUCCUGCUCUGAACCACAAAUUGUUCCCAUCACAUUUGUCAACUCCAGCAGCAGUUAUUUGCUGCUGCCCGGCACCCCCCAAAUUGAUGGGCUUUCAGUGAGUUUCCAGUUUCGAACAUGGAACAAGGAUGGUCUGCUUCUGUCCACAGAGCUGUCUGAGGGCUCGGGGACCCUGUUGCUGAGCCUGGAGGGUGGAACCGUGAGACUCGUGAUUCAGAAAAUGACCGAACGCACAGCUGAAAUCCUCACAGGCAGCAGUUUGAAUGAUGGCUUGUGGCAUUCAGUUAGCAUCAAUGCCAGAAGGGACCGCAUCACUCUCUCUCUGGAUAAUGAUGCAGCAUCCCCAGACCAGGACACCACCCGCGUGCAGAUUUAUUCUGGAAAUAGUUACUACUUUGGAGGGUGCCCUGACAAUCUCACCGAUUCCCAAUGUUUAAAUCCCAUUAAGGCUUUCCAAGGCUGCAUGAGGCUCAUCUUUAUUGAUAACCAGCCCAAGGACCUCAUUUCAGUUCAGCAAGGUUCCCUGGGGAAUUUUAGUGAUUUACACAUUGAUCUGUGUAGCAUCAAAGACAGGUGUUUGCCAAACUACUGUGAACAUGGAGGAAGCUGUUCCCAGUCCUGGACUACCUUCUACUGUAACUGUAGUAACACGGGCUACACUGGUGCCACCUGCCAUAACCCCCUCUACGAGCAAUCCUGCGAGGUGUACAGGCACCAAGGGAACACAGCUGGUUUCUUCUACAUUGACUCUGAUGGCAGUGGGCCACUGGGACCCCUCCAAGUGUAUUGCAACAUCAUAGAGGACAAGAUUUGGACAUCAGUUCAGCACAAUAACACAGAGCUGACCCGUGUGCAGGGUGCGGACCCCAAGAAGCCCUAUACCAUGGCCUUGGAUUAUGGUGGCAGCAUGGAGCAGCUGGAAGCCAUGAUUGAUGGCUCAGACCACUGUGAGCAGGAGGUAGCCUACCAUUGCAGAAGGUCCCGCCUGCUCAACACGCCAGAUGGAACACCAUAUACCUGGUGGAUUGGGCGGUCCAAUGAAAGGCACCCUUACUGGGGAGGUGCCCCACCUGGGGUUCAGCAGUGUGAAUGUGGCCUGGAUGAGAGUUGCCUGGACGUUCAACACUUCUGCAAUUGUGAUGCUGACAAGGAUGAAUGGACAAAUGAUACUGGCUUUCUUUCCUUCAAAGACCACUUGCCUGUCACUCAGAUAGUUAUCACUGACACCAACAGAUCAAACUCAGAAGCUGCUUGGAGAAUUGGUCCCUUGCGUUGCUAUGGAGACCGGUACUUCUGGAAUGCGGUGUCAUUUUAUACAGAAGCCUCUUACCUCCACUUUCCUACUUUCCAUGCGGAGUUCAGUGCUGAUAUUUCCUUCUUUUUUAAAACCACGGCUCUAUCGGGAGUUUUCCUAGAAAACCUUGGCAUGAAAGACUUCAUCCGACUUGAAAUUAGCUCUCCAUCUGAGAUCACUUUUGCCAUUGAUGUUGGGAAUGGCCCCGUAGAGCUCAUAGUUCACUCUCCUUCUCUUCUGAAUGACAACCAAUGGCAUUACGUCCGGGCUGAGAGGAACCUCAAGGAGACUUCACUCCAGGUGGACAGCCUCCCAAGGAUGACCAGGGAGACUUCGGAGGAAGGCCAUUUCCGAUUGCAGCUGAACAGCCAGUUGUUUGUAGGGGGAACAUCAUCAAGACAGAAAGGCUUUCUAGGAUGCAUACGCUCCUUACACUUGAAUGGGCAGAAAUUGGACCUGGAAGAGAGGGCAAAGGUCACAUCUGGAGUCCGGCCUGGAUGCCCAGGUCAUUGCAGCACUUACGGUAGCAUCUGCCACAAUGGGGGCAAGUGUGUGGAGAAGUACAGUGGGUACUUCUGUGAUUGCACCAAUUCACCAUAUGAAGGACCCUUUUGCAAAAAAGAGGUUUCUGCUGUUUUUGAGGCUGGCACUUCAGUUACUUAUAUGUUUCAAGAACCCUACCCAGUGACCAAAAAUAUAAGCCUCUCAUCCUCAGCGAUUUACGCAGAUGCAGCUCCAUCCAAGGAAAAUAUUGCAUUUAGCUUUGUGACAGCCCAGGCGCCCAGCCUCUUGCUCUACAUCAAUUCUUCUUCUCAGGAUUACCUGGCUGUCCUGCUCUGCAAAAAUGGAAGCUUACAGGUUCGCUAUCAGCUAAGCAAGGAAGAAACCCAGGUUUUCAAUAUUGAUGCAGAGAACUUUGCCAACAGAAGGAUGCACCAUUUGAACAUUAACCGCGAGGGAAGAGAGCUUACCAUUCAGGUAGAUCAGCAACUGCGACUCAGUUACAACUUCUCCCCAGAAGUCGAAUUCAGGGCCAUACGGUCACUCACCUUGGGCAAAGUCAAAGAGCAUCUUGGAUUGGAUUCUGAAGUUGCCAAAGCCAACACCCUGGGUUUUGUUGGAUGCCUGUCUUCAGUCCAGUAUAACCAGUUUGCACCCCUGAAGGCAGCCCUACGCCAUGCCACCAUUGCACCUGUGACUGUCCAUGGGACCCUGACAGAAUCAAGCUGUGGUUCCAUAAUGGAUGUGGAUGUGAAUGCAGUGACCACGGUGCACUCUUCAUCAGAUCCCUUUGGGAAGACGGAUGAGCGAGAACCACUCACUAAUGCCGUUAGAAGUGACUCGGCCGUCAUUGGAGGAGUAAUAGCAGUGGUGAUAUUCAUCAUCUUCUCUAUCAUCGGCAUCAUGACCCGGUUCCUUUACCAGCAUAAGCAGUCACACCGCACUAACCAGAUGAAGGAGAAGGAAUACCCAGAAAAUUUGGACAGUUCCUUUAGAAAUGACAUUGACUUGCAAAACACAGUGAGCGAGUGUAAACGGGAAUAUUUCAUCUGAGAAACUGCAGGGUCACAAAAUAUUCUCUUUUGGGUUGUUGUUAAAUUUUUCUCCUUUCUUUUAAUUUUGGUCAUUCUCCUUUUCCUAUCCAUUUGCCAAUUAUUUUUGGCACAUACUUGUAUCAACCACAGCAUCUAUCCCCUUGAUCCAGCCCGGAAGACCAGGCAGCUAUGGCCACUGCCUUCCUUUCUGACAAACUUAUUGUGGUGAUAAUGAUCACUUAACAGACUGACUUUACUCCUCUAGACAAAGAAGAGACACAUGUGUGCACACGUGCAUAUUUAGUUCUGUGUUUCCAGUUUCUAAGUAAGAUGCACUCUUUAGUUCCAUAGCCAUUCUGUCUUGCAUUAAACCUCAGGCUUACUUUGAACCUGAGCUCUGUGACAUAGGCAUAUGACACUCAUCUUUGACAUCCUCCUUCAUCUCAAGUUCAUUCCUACCAGGGAACUCAGGGUAAAGAAAGAAGAUGCUAAAGGCCUGGUUCACUUCAGUGGCACUUUCAAAGGAAUAAGAGAAGUUUGUUUUGUGCUGAUUUUCCUUACCAUAGGACGCCCAUUGCCCUAACUCAUCACCCUUUUUCACUUUGACUCUUAUCCCCUGAGUAUUUCAAAUACAAGAUCCCUGAUAGUAGUGAGCUAUUGCUUUGCUCCUUUCUUGCCACUCUCUCCUGGGGCUGACACUUUAGAACAGCACACAAUAGCAUAAACCUAGGGGAAGCAUGGAAAAUAGUAGCUUGAAACUAGGAGGUAAAAAAGAAAGCUGCUAGGAAGUAGAUGUUCUAUAACUUCAAAAAUGCCUUUUCCCGUUUUUUAAGAAAUGUUAGCUAGGCUAUUCCUGGGAUUAUUAUACUGAGGUAUAUAUAUA